GUUGGCUUUGACUCUACUUUGGCUUCAUUUAUUUUGACAUUUGAAAUUCAUGUCAAUCGCUACGUAUUUCUUUGAAAAAAGUCGAUUAUUCAUCGUUUUUCAUUCUUUCUCGACUUUCUUCUUUUGACCAGAAGUGUAUAGAGACGUAACUGCUUCAUCCGUGUGUGUUAUAAGACAAGAAGGUCCAGAAAUUCCGCAAGAACCAUGUGACACGAAUACGAAAGGGCUACCAGACCGUCAAUGUGACAGAAAUGUUUUCUGCCAUCACGACGAGCCAGUGCUACCGCGGACCCGAAACGACCCCGACGCGUCAUAAACGAGAAGAGUUAUAGGGAAAGCGCGUUAAAAAUGAGCGCGAGAUGGCCAGCCCGCCACCGAACCCUAGAGAAGGCGAGGAGGGCGGCUCCGAGUUCACGGAGGAGUCGAGCGGGGAACGCGCGACCACCCCGCAGAAGACGUUCAUAGCGCCGCCCGCGUCACAGCUGCCCACUAAGUUGCAGUAUGUGGCUCUUGGUGCGCCAGGGCCCAGUGGCAGCAUCAAGCAAUGCUUUAGAACAGUGAAGGCAGCGCGACGCGUACCCACACUGCCUCGGCGGAUACGCGAGGGCGAGGCGGCUGUCGCCGGCACGUCGGCUGCCGGCCCAGCUGCCUCGGAGCCUGAACGGCGCACACGUCGCGACCGCAGCAAGCGACAUGUGUGCACUACUUGUGAUAAGCGCUUCUCUAGCCCUGGAAAACUUAGUCAGCAUGUCCUCUCCCAUACAGGUGAGCUUCCUUUUUCAUGCAACCUUUGUGAUAAACGGUUCAAUUCUAAAUUUAAGCUGGUGCGUCAUAACCUAAUUCACAGUGAGGCUCGAGCCUUUGCAUGCAACACUUGUGGUAAAACUUUCAAUCGCAAAGAUCAUCUCACGAAUCAUGAAAGAGUGCAUAAUCCAACUAAAAGACUGUAUACAUGUGAGAGGCAAGAUUGUAGGAAAUCAUAUACAUCUUCAUUGAGUUAUCGCAAACAUGCAGCUCUACAUUCUGCAGAAGAAGGGAAUUUACAGUGUAAAAUAUGUGAUGAGGUAUUUAGUACUCGGCAAGAAAUAGUUUACCACCUAAAAGUCCACACAGGGAGCCGAACUGUAAAGAAUGAGACUGAUAAGAAGUUUACUUGUGAUCACUGUGACAGGAGGUUUUUCACAGCGAAAGAUGUGAGGCGGCAUCUUGUUGUGCACACAGGUAGGCGAGAUUUUUUAUGCCCUCACUGCCCACAAAAGUUUGGACGUAAGGACCACUUAGUAAGGCAUGUCAAAAAUGCUCACCCUGAGGAAUCAUGGAGGUCAGCAGCGGUUGGCACAUCCAGUGAACCAACACCAGAAGCCUCAACCUCUUUUGAAGAAACAUAUCCUGAGUUUCAGAUAGAGGGGAGUGAUUUUUCUAUAUGGAAACCACCUUCACCUAAAGAGAGUGUGCCAGAAGGUCAAACCAGAGUGCCUUCAUCUGAAAUCAUUGUAGAAAUACCACCUGAGCUUGAAAUUAAAUCGGAACCUUUAGAAAUUAAAUUGGAGGAUCCAUUAGAUAUAAAGCUAGAAGAGCCAGCAUCACCAAGUUGUGAAUUGCUGCCUAGCGACUAUCCUGUCAUGUUCAUGGUACCUUCACCAUACUCACAGACGCCAUCUACCUUGCCGUACAUGACAACACAACCUCUACAGGAGCCCAUGACGCAAGCCCACUUAUUAGAUCCUGCAAAUGUUCAGUCUCUGUUGAUGGAUCCAGGGGAGGGACCAUCAGGCCUGUCCAGUGAGAUGUUAGGACUUUUAGAAGAAAGUGAACCUACAUCUACACCUACCUAUAUGGGUGAAGAGGGUCGGCAACAACGAUUGCCGGCGUUCACACAGGCCUUUCAAACGGCGCAGAGCCCGAAGCCGCCGCCGCCGCCACCGCCCCACUAGCCUCGCUGCAUAGCGAGAUACCUUCAUGCAUUUAGCUUAUGUGAAACCGGAUUACCUCAUUAGGUAAGGUAGGGGUAAGCUGUAAAUAGUCGGGAGAGCAAUGUAAUGCAAUUGUAAUAAUGGACUUGAUAACAUGUAAGAUGUAUGAAAGCUAGGGGGUGUGUGCCCUCCAGUUGAAUUGCCAAAUUGUAUAUUUGUGUUUCAGGUAUACCAAAAUAUUUCCGAAUUCUACAUGAAUAUGUGAUCUAGUCGUGUAUGUACUUUCGGAAUUUGUAAAUUGUUUAUUUAUAACAUACCUUGUGUGAUCAGUGGAGUUUAUAAGGGACCAACUCUGUGCUAAGUUCAUUAUGCGAUCAUUCACAUAUUGAACAUGUUUUCUAUGGGUAAUGGUGAUGGCGAGCAGAAUUUAGUUUGAAGGUAUGGAUGGCUCUUGAAAGCAGUAGGCUAUUACAAUAUGUUUCAGAGAGGCGUGCUGCUUUUGACGCGAAGUUAUGAUACAACAGAGCAUAUCCCUUGUCUGUCAAUAAUGUAGAUUCCGAAUUCUGCUAGAAUAAUGACAUCAGAUCUGUUUAAAGCUAGAAUGUAUUUCAUCUAUAUGUAUGUAAGUGUAAUAACAAUGACUGUUGGAGGUAUGGGAUUAAAUAUCAUUCUAUUGUACAGAAUGCUAUUCAAGUCCUAGGAACCCGGCAGGUAUGAGCUAGAAACUAAAUGCAAUAUACCUCAGAGACACUUGUGUCUCCUUAGAAUAAUAAGAGAACUAAUUGGGUCUGUCUGAUGAGCAAAUCACUAGAUAAACUGCAGAUAUCUUAUAAAUCGCAUUGUGUUUUCAACUAAAUGUGCCAAAUAUGAGAUCAUGGACUAGAAAACUUUAGAAUGCUUCCAAUUAAUAGAGUGUAGAAUUCUUUUGCUCAUUAGACGCAUACGAAACAUAAUUGAGCAGAAUUUAUGAGUGUUUAUUUGACGAUCCGUCAGCGACAAAAUUCAAAUGUUUGCCGAUUUUGAACAACCGAAAACUAUAUUUUUAUAGGGGGAAAAAAGUCCGAAAUUCAUACUAAGUGUCUUGGCUUAUUUUUAAGAUUACGAGCCAAAUUAUGUUAUUUGUUAGUGUGGAAACUUGGUGUAAGUGUCAGAUGAUUGAUAAAAUAUAGUGAGAAUUUAAACAACUUGGAGUGAAAUGGAAAGGUAGGACAGCUGGAUUUAUUAGGUGCCUUGCAUUUCUAGAAACUGAUAAAUAACUGAUUUGUGUAAACUCUAGCAUAGUCACUAAUCACGAUAAGAAGGCGCAUUUUUUAAAUUAAAAUUAUAUAAUUUUUUUCCUGUCAAAUUGAAAUUAGAAUUUACAGACAAUAUAUCGGGGUAAAUUCUAAGGGUAAAUUAAGUACAUACUAUACAAGUGUUGGUAUUCUUCUUUGCGUAGCUUUAAAGCCAAUGUCUGUAAUACUAACAAAGGAAUACAAUAUAUAAUUUUUGUUUUGGUUUAUAACUAUUAAAAUGAAUGCCGAUAUGAAAGAUAGUUUGAAAGAAAAGUCCCUAAUACUAGAUAAUUUUUUUGGAACAUUCGUAUAAUUUGAAUGGAUGGAUCAUUAUUUAUAGAGAGCUUUGAAUGUGAAAGUGAAUAGCUCUAAGUGGAGAGGAAGACCAGACCAAAGAAAAGAUGCAUGAGUUGUGUAAAUUAUAUGUAAGUAUAUAAAGGGUACUAUGGCGCCAUAAAAAUUGGUGCUGUUAGGGUAAAACAGGGGUUAUCAACAAUAUAGAUUUGUAACUGCUAGUUAAUAGUGUUAAAUUUUGGCCUCAAAUUAGGCUCAAUAUUGCUAGGCACUUUAUUUUCGCGUAAAUCAGCUUGAAUUUAUUAUUUCUUAAACUGCUCCCCUAGACAACAUACAUACAAGAGAUUCUAUUUAUCGAUAGAAUCGUUACGCUCAGCGCUCAUAUGAGAAGGAACAAGACUGCGCAUGUCGCUAUCUCAAUCUAUUUCAUAGACUCGCUAGCGAUGACGAUAUUAUCAAUUAUAGAUUCGUAUGCAAUUUGUCUAAAGGGGCUGGCGUUUUUGGGCUGUGCCCAUAGAUUUUUUUUUCUUUUUUAUAGAUUUGUGAACUGUCCUAGUUUGAAGACCAUGCAGUUGGUGUGAAUGUGUGGCACUUGUGUAGUUGAGGCUCACUGAUAGAUCAACCGACUAUUUUGUUAUCGAAUCCCGUUACCAGUUUUACUAUUUCGCACUUGUAUUCCUGUUUUAUUGUCGUUUCAAUUGUGUUAGUACAUCAAUUAUGGAUUGCUAGUUAUCAAUAAAAAUAGCAAAUUUAGUAGUGACAAAAUUAUGGGACCAUUACAGAAGCAAACUUUAUCAAUUCUAAUGAAUUAUCAAAAUCGGUUUUUAGGAUAGAGAUAGUGUGCACAAAAAAGUACGGUUGAAAAAAAAACCCUACUUUUGAAGUUGUUUAAAAGCACUUAUGGAUUUUGAUUAUAAAAUGUUAUACUCUCAGAAUAUUGUACUUAUGUGUUACGAUAGUUUGUUAGUGCUUAUCGUGAGUAUUAUCUAUGCUAUAGUUUACGAUCAGUUACAUUUAAUUUGCUAUAGUCUGCCAGUUUAAUUUUAUUGGAACGCUACCGAGAUUUUAAAUAUUUAUUAUUAAUUCUGAAUUUCGAUCUUAAAUAUUUGCUUUUUCAAAUACUUAACUAAUUCAAAUAAUAAUUAAGUAUGUAAGUUUUACCGGAAAGUUUAUAAUUAGGCACCACCUGAAAAUUUAUAAGUUAUUUUAAAGUUCUUAUGGGUUUUAUGUCUACACAUAAAUCUAUGUAUACACACAUCUUCACAUCUCACUAUCACACAUCUAGGUAUACACAUAAAACAAAUAUUAUCAUUUUUUUUUUUCAAUUCGGUUUAGUAGUUCUGAGACAUUACAUUGUUGUAAAACGAACACUCUCUGUACUACUAUAUAUCUUCGGUUUCUGUAAUGUACAGAGGGCCUACCAUGAAAUGUUUUCCGAAAUUUCGGAGCCAAACGAAACACAAAUUUGAUGUUAAAAUUACAUGCCGUUUGGAAAUAUUAAAAAUGUUAAAAUAUUGUUCCUUUGGACUUUUAUAAUAGGGUGUAUGACGAACGAAAUGUUAAACUCCAUUUAUUGGUCCGAUUUUGGUAUAAACAAAAACACGAAAUUGGGUCCGAAAUUUCGGAAUUUCAUUUUAUGGUAGACCCGCAGAUAUAUCUACGAAUAUAUCUGUACAUUACAGAAAUCGAAGAUUCACUCGGACAAUAUAUAGAGUGGCUAGUGUAAGUUGUACAAAGAGUGUGUUGAGAUUGUGUUCAAGUUUACGUCGAUAAGUUUGUAUAUAAAUCUGAGUUUCUGAAACUGUACAUUAGUUGUGCAACAGAGUUUUCGAUACAAAUUAUUGACCUAAACGAUACACGUACUAACCAUUGAAGGUUGAAGUGAAUGCAGUUUUAGUCAGUUAACUAUAAACACGCCACUUCUGCUGGGUGACAGACGUAUGUAUACUCUUUCCUUACCAUAUCAGCCGCUAAUUAUCCAUUGCUGAACAUAAACCUUUUAUUUUGGUAGCCAGUAGCCACGCUUGGCAGGCGGGUUGACCGGCGCAUCUUUGAUGUUUUAAAAGGAACCUCGGCUAUUAAGUUUUCCUUAUAUAUACCUUACCUUACUAUAGAAUACCGCGCUAGAAGUUAACAAGCUAUAGAUACCUACCUAUUUUAAGUCUCGGCUGGUUUCACCCUUGUAUAUGUCUGUACUCUAGCAGUCGUUAUGCCUUGCCUUGGUAUGGAAUACCGCGCUAGAAGUUAGCUGGCUAUAGUUAUACCUACUUAUUAUAAAUCUCGGAAGUGUUCCAUACAACUAGAGCAGUCUUAAGCCUGACACUGCUUUGUUUACUUAUGUAAUAUAAGUUUUAAUUAUUGGUAACGAAUGAUAAUAUGUAAUACAUUUAAUUUAAGGUCAAUGUUUGGCGUCUAGUAAUGACAAUUGGCGAGGACUGUGCGUAGAGAUCCAAUGUUGCAAACGCUUGUUAUGUAAAUAAUUCUAAUCUUUUUAGGCUAAUAGGACUAUAAAAAAUUUAAUCUACCUCAAUUGCAACUUAUUCUUACAUCUAGAAAUUUAAUUACUUUAUUAGGUUAGUGAGAGUGUUAGGUACUUUUUCUAUUUGAGAAGAGUGAUGCCGAUGUGGCCAGACGUUAGAUACGAAUGGGGUUCGAAUCCCCGGCUUGAUUGUGCUGAUGUGAUUAGAAAUCUUUAUUGAUAUAUAAACAUAAAUAUGUAUGAAUUCGCUUCAUUUUUGAAUAUUUAGAUUCACCACUCAAGAUGGCAUAAGUUUUGAAAUGAGUAAUACAGAAAGAUCUGGGUUUUAAAAAGUCGUCAAUUUAUUUUUAAAAUGAAAAUAUUAAAAAUUUGUAGUUUAUAAAUUUAGGUACUUUCUAUCGCACACUUAAGUAAUAAGAGAACGUUUGAUACACACAUAUUUUUAACAUUUAUACAUAUUUUCUGAGAACAAUUAUCAUAAAAGAUUUCUGCAAAAUGUUUUUAGACGUACCACGUCGAACUUGUGCGGAAAUUUAGAGUAGGACAUCGGUACACUGGAAAUAUUUUGCAUUUUAUAGUAACGAAUAGAUAUAUUUUCAUUUCAGUCUAUUCCUUUGAAUCCCUAGUCAUAUACAAUAGCAGUACAGAAUAUAUUCUCAAAUAAGCAGUUAAACUGAGUGAUAUUUACUUACCAAUCUGAUAUAAUGUGUUAUACAAUAUAUUAGUAUUCUUGUAAGGAGCAAGCAUUACAAAAGUACAAAUCUAACAGAUAUAAUAUAUAUAUAUAUAUACAUACAUACAUAUAUAUUAUAGAUUUCCUCGUUAGUAUUGGAACAGAAUAUACAACGACAUAUGCAAUAAAUUUUUUAUAGAUAUUUAGAUUAAAAAAUAAUAUAUAAUACUUUAAUGUUUAACAUAUCAAAGACUAGCAUUGGCGCCCGAUUUUGUUACGUUUUGAAUGUUUCUUGAUUAUAUCAUAAUGGUGGUUCAUUACAUUAUGUAUUAUUUAUUUAACAAUGUAGUUAACAGAUGUCAAAUGACGAUAAAAUAAUUAUAUUGUUUUGUAGCACUGAAAGUGUUCACAUUUUCUUUUGUUUAUUUUUUAUUUAAGUAACUGGGGAUGUUUGCGCAUAAUAGUAAAAUAUAUAUACUUAUUAUUAAUAUUUUCACUGUAUGUUAUUGUCACUCCCCAGUUUUUUAUAGUAUUUUUUUUUACCAGGUAAUGAGUUUGACUCAUCGCAUUUUUUUAUAAUAGCAAUAGGUAUGUUGUAUAAUACCAAAUACUUUUUAUGCUUACAAAUUUGAAUUUCGAAUAUUUUUGUAUAGAUUUGAUAAUUGCAACGAAAUAUUACGAGUAAGGAAUUAUUGUAGUUACCGUAUUCAUUUUUGUUAAAUCAAAUACAAUUAGUAAUAUUGAAGGAUAAUUAAAAUAGCAUACAUAUUUACUGAUGUAACACAUUUAUUAAAUAAUAAAAAUGGUCAAAACCUGAUAUGAAUCAUAAAAUUAAAAAAAGAUACAAAUGUUAUUUUAAGGAAUAUUUUAUAUGUAUAUAUAAUAUUGUAAAUGUUUAUAUACAAUUUAUAAUAAUAGAUAUUUCUUAAUAUCAAAUUUUACAAUAUAAUAAUUCCUUUGCUCGUAAUAAAAUGUGACACAGAUCAAUAGUAAUACGUAAUUUUGGUAUAUAUUAUACAUUAUAUAACAUAGUGGCCUUAAUAAAAUAAAAAUAAAAAAAUUAGAUUGUUUGAAAUAAAUAAUAUUUUUAGAAAACUAUAAAAUUUUAAUAGAAAUCUAUUUUUGUUACGCUUUUUCAAGUAAUAUGGCAUUUUAUAUAUUGGAUGUUGAAAAAUGUAUUUUCUGAUUAUCAUGUUAGAGUUGGAAAUAGGGUUUUAUUAAUUGUUCAUAAAUAGUGAUCAUGAUAAAGAAAUAUGAUGUAAGUGUAGCUCCAAAUGUGUUCUUUAUCUAUUAAGGUAAUUAAUUGGCGGCUAGAGAAUAGAAGAUAUUUUUAAAUUAUUAAGCCAGUUGUAUUAUUGUUAUAACUAUGUAUAAUAAUUGAUGUGAAAAAGAAUUUUUAAUUUUUAUUCCACUUUUUUUUUUAAUAAAACCUAUUAUUUCCGAUUUUAACCGUCCGCAAUUAUACGGUAGUGUUGAUAUAGUACUGAUUUACCUACCGAGUGUACCCUCGCAGAAUAUAGCCAGUAUAAAAAAAUGAUAAACAUUGUACCUGGUCGAUAAUAAAAAGAUGUAAUAUCGUAUCGUAUCUUCAUUGUAAUAAAUAUUUUGAACAUC